GUCUCGAUCGUCUCAAUAAUCGUAGGCGCAUCUGUGAUAGAUCUGUUGUAUAUAUAGGAGUAAUAGCACGCUCGGAUGCACGAUCACUGAGCAUCGGCCAUCGGCGCGGCAUCCCUUUUCCUUCUCUCCUCUGAAGAAGAUGGAGGAGGUCGCCACCAUCAGCAGCCUCUGAUCUCCUACCGUACCGAAGCAGCUACCGGCCUGCUGCAGGUCAGGAACGCGAACCGCCUGCGUUUCUUCAGAGAUCGGCUUGCGAAUCGACCAAGGGAUGCCGACGCUCAUCAUCACCGUGGACCUGGAGUGCUGCCGCUGCAGCGCCAAGAUCCAAAAGGUCCUCUGCUGCAUCCAAGACCGCGGGGAGUUCGUCAUCGAAAAGAUCGUGUACGAGAAGGACAAGGUCCUCGUGUCGGGGCCCUUCGACGCCGACAAGCUCUCAUCCAAGCUCUGCUGCAAGGCCGGGAGGAUCAUCAAGAAAAUUGAGGUCGCCAAGCCGCCUCCCAAAACUGAUCUACCAAAAUCUCCCAAGAAAGAGCCAGUCCCGUGCAAGGAGAUAUGCCCAUAUCCAUACUCAUAUCCGUGCCCGCAGCCCGCUUGGCCGUGCAGCUGCUCCACACCAUACUGUUGUGGGUGCCCGUCGCCAAAGCUGCCACCGCCGCCGCUAAAAGAGGAGCCCAAACCUCCUGAGACCAAGCCCAAGCCCAAGCCCAAGCUAGAGCCAGCCCCAUGCAAGGUGAUAUACCCGUAUCCAUACCUGUAUCCGUGUCCACAACCGCCGUGGCCGUGCAGCUGCCCUACGCCGCACUGUGGAUGCCAGUCCAAGCCGGCACCGACGCCGCCACCGGCACCAACGCCGCCACCGGCACCGACGCCACCUGAGCUACCAAAACCGCCGGCGUGCCAGUGCCCGGCGUGGUCGCUGUGCUACUGUAGCAGCGGCUACCCGCCCUACAUGCCGCCAUACCCGAUGGUCGUCUGCGAUGACAGCCCACCCUACGGCGCCUGCACCGUCAUGUAAUCUAACUGCGGGCAGCUGCAUGAUGCAAAUCGAUCAUCUUACAUCUAUGAUCUAUAUGUAUGUUUCUAUACCAGCUGACUAUGCUGGUGCGUUUCUGUAUCAGUCGUUUGAUGCUUUUGUGAGCCAGUGUGAUCGACAGUGACAUGAUCCACGACCAAAUGAUGAAGUCAUUGUAGUUUCUACAAAAAUGUAUUAUGGUGGCAGGGCGAUGCCAAAUAAGGAGGAAAGCGUGCUCGAGGAUUUCAUAGGGACUGUGUGCACAGAGGGUUUCGUGAGGGUUUUGCAUGUACUUCCAAAUUUUUUAUGAUGGAAUUUGCUAAAUUAUCCUGUGUUUAAAAUGGGGUUUGCUCAGGCCCAAGGCCGGCGACCGGGGUUCGAUCUCCCCCACUGGCACCGAGGGGGCCCUCUGUUGCCUCCUCUUGUGAAAAAAAUGGGAUUUCCUAGAAAGAGAGAGUUUACUCUUAGUCGCUUUUUCCUUACAUGUAAGACGCAAGAAAUCUAGAAUAAUGCAAGGGGCGAUUGGAUUUAAA